UCGAUGGUGCUGCUGAACUUUUCAAGAUGUCGUCGCUGGAGCAGAGGCUCUCCCGAAUCGAGGAGAAACUCAAGCAGGAAAAUAAAGAAGCCCGCAAACGAAUCGACCUGAGCAUCGACAUGAGCCCGCAGCGGACGCGUCCGAGGCCAAUCAUCGUGAUCCAGCUCAGUCCAGCUCCAGCCCCCUCCCAGCGCGCAGCUCUACAGUUACCAUUGGCCAAUGAUGGAGGAAGUCGCUCGUCUUCCUCAGAAAGUUCUCCUCAACAUCCCUCGUACCCUAGCAGACCCCGACAAAUGCUCACACUUCCCACCCCACCCUACAGCCUACCGAAGAGCCUGGAGAAUGCUGAAAUUGAUCAGAAGCUGCAGGAAAUCAUGAAACAAACAGGUUAUCUGAAGAUUGACGGACAGCGUUACCCUGCAGAGGUGACAGAUCUGAUCAGUGAGGGGGAGAUCGGCAGUGGAACCUGUGGACAGGUGUUUAAAGUUCGCUUUAAGAAGACUUGCCAUGUCAUCGCAGUCAAGCAAAUGAGGAGGACGGGUAAUAAAGAUGAGAAUAAGAGAAUCCUCAUGGAUCUGGAUGUUGUGUUGAAGAGUCAUGACUGUCCGUACAUCAUUCAAUGCUAUGGAGCAAUAGUCACCAAUACUGAUGUGUUUAUCGCCAUGGAACUAAUGGGGACGUGCGCAGAGAAGCUGAAGAAGCGGAUCCAGGGGCCAAUACCAGAGGCCAUUCUGGGAAAGAUGACCGUGGCUAUCGUAAAGGCUCUGCUUUAUCUAAAAGAGAAACAUGGUGUCAUUCACCGAGACGUAAAGCCAUCUAAUAUCCUGUUGGAUGCCAAAGGGCAGAUCAAACUGUGUGAUUUUGGCAUUAGUGGCCGACUGGUAGAUUCUAAGGCCAAGACUCGCAGCGCCGGAUGUGCUGCCUACAUGGCGCCUGAGAGAAUAGACCCUCCAGACCCCAGUAAGCCAGACUAUGACAUCAGAGCUGACGUCUGGAGUCUCGGCAUUUCUCUGGUGGAGCUAGCCACGGGACAGUUUCCUUACAAGAACUGUAAGACAGACUUUGAGGUCCUCACCAAAGUUCUGCAAGAGGACCCGCCGGUCCUGCCUCUCAGCAUGGGCUUUUCCCCUGACUUUCAGUCCUUCGUCAAAGACUGCCUCACAAAGGAUCACAGAAAAAGGCCAAAAUACCACAAGCUGCUUGAACACAAUUUUAUCCGUCGUUACGAGGUGUCAGAAGUAGACGUGGCGGGCUGGUUCCAGACGGUGAUGGAGCGCACGGAGUCUCCUCGCAGCAGCCAGUGCUUCAACCAUCACCAGCUCCACUCUCUCUUCAGCAGGUAGCCAGGUGGAGAAUGAGAGAAACGGAGGGAUGAUGGGAAAGAAAGAUUGAUGCGAUUGUGAGAGGUUGAUUUAGAGACACAGGUUUGAAAUAUAAAUUAUGUAAACGAGAAAGGCAGGAUGGAGUGGAAAUGGACUGUUUGAGCGACGGCUGAAACAAAAGAGAGAAUGUUCAUUUGGGAGUUUGACUGAUCGACAGACAAUCCUGGGCAGGUUUGAUGUAAAUCUGAAAUAUUUUUGUCCUACUCAUCCACCCAUCAAACAGGAUGGACCAUUACAGGUUGCAGUCUAGCACGGUCACUGUGACACACGCGCACACACAGCAACACACUGUUUCACCAAAUCACUGACCGCCAUAUAAAGGUUAGCCGCAAGACUAAGCGUACAGUCCAUUCACUUCAAAAUCCAAAUCCACAUGUCAUGAAGUCCUCCGUAGCCCCUUACUCAGGGACUGAACAGAGUAGUCGAACAACACUGUGCAAUGGUGUGCGAGUGUGUGUGUUUUUCAUUCAUCAGUCCUAGCUCUUCACUUCCUUGUACGGUUUAAGCCAUUAGGCGAAUCUAAGAAAAUAGCAAUUAGCAAGAUAAUAGCAGUGUGAUAUAUCAAAAACUAUGUUUUAUAGAAGCGUUCUUUUGCUAGCAAGCAUCAGCAGAUAUUUCAGUAAUUGUAACAUUAGUGAUUCUUGGUCGUAGAGCUUCUAAUCCUUGGUGUUUAGAUUGUUAUAACUAGUUUGGUCUGGAAUUUCAUGUAUUGAAGUAGAUAUACUGGCUAAGAGAGAAGGUUGUAUAUUAAGAUAAAACUAGUGGUUGACCGAUAAGAUGAAGUGUGUAUCCCAAUUUAAUAUGUAGAAACAACUAUAAAUGACCCAUUUUUGUUUUUCUGAAAAGAUGGCUUAGCGACAUUGGUUAAACCAAAGGUGUCAAUCUGCUUUGACCGAUGGCAGAUCGAGGAAAUGUUCAGGAAAACCUGUGUGAAAAUGUUGUUAUAAUGUCAUCGGUCUUAGUGUAAAUCCGUUAUGCUAGUCAUUCAGAAAUUACAGACUUAAAUUGACCGAUGACGAUAUCUUGAAACAAUUCUGUUCAUCGGCCAAUAACGAUAAUCUCCAAAUGGCCAAAUAUUGAAUUCUGUAUCGGUCUAUCACUAAAUAAAACACAAAAAAAUUAGCACAGAAUAUGUAAAGUUGUACACAGUGCACAUCUCAGGAAGACCAGUGUUAGAAAUGGGUAUAUUAACAAGAUUUAACUGUAUGUUUCAGUCUUUGAGUGCGAGGAAGACACCAAUCAAGUCACCAAAAGCAAAGAUGAGAGAUGUUGUCAUAGUCACUCAGAGUGGUGUUGAGAGACAAGCGGGGAGUUGGAGUUUGUGCAGUGAGAGCGGAGCGUUUCCUCCACAAGAAACAUAAAAAACAGCUCGUUUUGUGAGUGGAACAUUUCUGCUCUGAUUCACCCGACAACCGUUCAUCACUUCAUUCUCUUCACUGUUCUCAUUUUCCCAUGAGCAUUUGAGUUCCUGCAAACCAAAGUUUAGUUUUUUGACACCGUUUUUUUUUUUUUUUCUGUUGUUCUCAGAGGAUUUCAGCUCCUGCUCGUGGGUCGUGCUGAAGAUGUUCAGUGACUUUCACAACCAAAGCUGUAGAGUUUGAGAUUCACUGCUUUAAAAAGCCAAAUCACUGCUAGACUGAGUGAGAAACUGUGCGAGAAGUAAGAAAAUAUGACUAAACGAAUCCACAAAGAGAGAUUUAGAUGGUAACUGUAUGUUGAGACAGGAAGUAUGGUGUUGUAUAAGGGACUGAAGAAAGAGCAAUGAACGUAGCAGAGGAAAAUAAGAGAAAAGCAUAUAGAAAGUAUUAAAGAAAGUCUCCAGUGAAGUCUUAUAGAUGUUUAGAGAGGUGUUGGUUGUUUUCUAGAUCGCUAGCUGGACGUUGCAUAAAAGCUUUCAAUCGUUUUAAACCAAUGUACCAAUUUGUAUUUUUUUUAGGGUUAUGUCGUUUUUCAUUAUCCUUGAAACUUUGUUUGUUAUUACUAUUAUUUAUUUAUUAUCUUGCUGCUACUGUUUACUUUAGAUGCUGCUGUCGACGAUUAUA